AUGGAAAGUGAUAAAAUUGAUCAUCAAGAAAAAAAAGAUUGUUUUUCAAAAAUUUUUUGUUGCAUAAAAUUUUCUUCUUCAAUCAAAGCUAGAGAAGCAAAUAAAACUGGUAAUAGUGAUGAUUGUUGGAAUAGGAAAAAAGUAAAUAGAAAGGACAGAUUUGAAAACCACUUUGAUUCAAAAUGUAAUAAAAGUUCCUUAGAAUUAAUUGAAGAAAACAGUAGUAAUGGUGUACAUAAUGAUUUUUUUAAUUCAACAGUCAAAAAAGAUGAAGAAAAAAGUGGUUCACCACCAUCUUUUGUUGCAUCUUCCUUAAUAUAUGUUUGGAAUGAUUCAAUAAAAUUAAAUGAACCAAAUGAGAUAGAAAUAUUUCCUAUUAAUUCAAAUAAAAAAAAUAAUAGUUAUAAUAAAUUAGAGGAAAUGAUUAAAAAUAAUAGUGAGAAAAAUUCUAUUAAGAAAAAUUUGAAUGGGACAAAGAUAAGUUUUAAUGAAAGUGGUGAUUCAUGUUGUACAUCAGAUGAUGAUACUGGAGGAUUUUUAGGUGGUUUAUCAUUAAAUUCUCAUGAAGCAUUGAAUCAUAUUAUACGAUGUUUUCCAUUUACAUCAUCCAAAAAUAAUCAUAGCCAAAAAAAUAAAGGAAUGGAAUAUUGUAUAAAUAGUAAUAAUAUUGAAGAAAAUGAUAAAAUUUUAAGAACACAAUCUGUUAAUGAUGGAAGAAAAAAUAAAUUUAUUAAUAAUUUUAAAAAUAAAAAAAUUGAUUUUAAUAAGAGUGAUAAUUUUAAUACUCAUCAUAAUGAAACAUCAUGGAAAGAUAUUAAACGUCACUUUUCUGCUUCAUUUAAUCAAGUGAUACAUAGAAAAGAUACCAAUAAUUCUAUUUCACGUCCAUCAAAUCUUAAUUUGAAUGGUACAAAUGAGAUUGAUGAAUCAAUUUCAGCACCAGUAACUCCUUCCAUCAAUAUUAUGUCCCAUACGACGCCGACGUUUUUAAAUUUUGCCAAAACAAAAAAAAAUGUUACUUUAAAUAGAAAUAAUUCAAGAAAUAAUAACACUAGUAAUUCAGCACUUUCAAAACUAUGUCAGGUUUCUGUAGAUACGAUGGCCAUUACAGCACUACCACUAGAUUGUUGGCUAAAAGAACGUUUAAAAUCGUGGGUACAAUUAAGUGGACAUGAAGGAACAAUCAUUCCAGCUUCUAAUCAUACUCUAUGGAAAAAACAACCAACAUUAAAUACAAUAGAAGCACAGGCAUAUCAACAAAUUAUGAAUGAUCCUUGGUUGAUUGGUUUAACACCUAAAUAUUAUAAAGAAAUUUUUCAUAAAAAUGAAAGUUUUAUUGAGAUACAAGAUCUUUUAUCACAAUUUUCUGAUACAGAAAAUAGAGCUAUAAUGGAUAUAAAGAUAGGUCAAAGAACAUUUCUUGAGAGUGAAGUAGUUAAUCAAAAAAAGCGUCCUGAUUUAUAUAAAAAGAUGAUUGAAAUUGAUCCUAAUGAACCAACAGAAGAGGAACAUAAUGAGGGUGCUAUAACAAAACUACGGUAUAUGCAAUUUAGAGAACGAGAAUCAUCAACAGCUUCAUUAGGUUUUCGUAUUGAGGCUGCCAAAACAUCAGAAGGUGCAUUAAAGAAAAAUUUUAAAAAAAUUAAAACACCAGAACAGAUUAAGGAAACACUACUUAAUUUCUUUGAAGAUUAUGAUACUGGAAAAAUUAGAAGACAGGUUUUGGAAAGAUUAUAUGAAAUGAGAGAAAAAAUAGAAAAAUCAACCUUUUUUAAAUAUCAUGAAGUUGUUGGAAGUAGUUUAUUAAUUGUCCAUGAUCGCAAUAAAUCAGGUGUAUGGAUGAUUGAUUUUGCCAAGUCAAACAAAGUAGAAGAUUCCUCACCUCUGGAUCACCGAAGACCAUGGGAACUAGGUAAUCAUGAAGAUGGAUACCUUGUGGGAAUUGACAAUUUAAUAAAAAUAAUAGAAAGCAUUGAUGAAAGAAAUGAAAAUAUCAACUAG